UUUGGUAGCUGCUAGCCAGCAUAGGUCUGUGAACACCUCAGAAGCAAAAACAUCCCCCACUGAACUCCCAGUCCACAGAGCUCAGACAUUACUUUUUCUUCUUCCCAGUCCCCUAUCUGUCUCCCAUCAUUUCUCACAGCUAUUUCUGCUCUCCUGUAUUACCUCUGAGGUUGAAGGAUCACAGCUACCACGUUCAUUCUUUACACUCCCAACUCCUUUCUCUCUGCCACUUGGGACAGGCUUGCAGCUCCUCUUGGCUUGUUGCUCUCAGCCUGGGGCUACCUUUGGGCCAUGGAGUCAUCCUUCCCUGCCCUGGGACUGGCUGCUUGGGCCCAUCUGGAGGCCAAGGCAGGACGUACUCUUUACUGGGGUGCUCAAGGCACAGCUAUUAGCCAUCAGCCUCUCCUGGAACUUUUUCUGCAGGGUCACCUCAGGCUUGGCAUGUUCACAGUGUCCCCCUGCUCCGGCUCCGUCCAUCCGUCGCGCAUGCAGUUGAUCAAAGUGGAGUGCCUCGCAGAGCAGGAGGGGACAUGGGAGGAGCAGAUCUACAUUGACAUCAUGGACAGAGACCCCACAGACAAUCCCCUCGGCAUUCCCUUCACCCUGAUUGUCGAGACCUGCGUCCCAGGACUUGUUGAGAAUGUCGCGUCAAUCUUCAAGGAGUAUCCGAUCUGCAGCAGCGCCGACCUCAGCCACCAGCUGCAGUCGGUGAAAGGCACGGGCCUCUUUGUCAGAGAUGAGAAUAGAUUCAUCUUCAGCAAGGUUCAGGUUGGGCAAGAGGCAGAAGCCCAUUUCAGUAUCUGCAAUGCUUGCCGUCUGCCAUGUGACGUGGCCCUCUCCAUCAAACCCCUGCCUGGAGAGGAACAAAGCCUUAUCAACAACAUUUUCAAGCUGGAUCCAGUCAAGAUGUCCAUUCGUGGCUCGUCCUCUGCUGUUGCUACGGUGACCUUCACUCCGCCAGACAAGCAGAGCUACGACUGCACCUUCGAGGCUUCCCUUGAGAUGCCCAAGGGGUAACUGACCCUGUGAAAUAUUGGGGGAGGCCUCACUGAUAGCUGCCUCU